UGGAAGAAUGCAACUUGUGAUGCUGCAUUUGGAUUCCAAAAAAAUCUGUAUUGCAUGAGUACACAAGGAAAAAAAGCCACGAUCAGUGCACGGAAUUUGAAAAAUUGCGUCACUUUCAAACAGCAUAGUGACAAGAUCGCAAAAGACGCACGCUAUGAUCGCAAUAAGGAUCAACAACAAGAUCGAAAAUGUGAAGCUCUGGUAUGUGAACAAAACCGCUUGAUGGAUUUUUUGCCACACCAAAUUUGACAGAGACGAAAUUUCGAACACUAAAAGUUUUGAUCUAUCUCGAUACUUAGACAAGGCGGCAAAGUCAUAGCGUAAUUAGCUACAAGUAUAAGUGACGGUAGAAAAAGGAAUAGGUAGCAAAAAUCGCUAACACACCACGACAAGGCCAUCAUCAUACAACGCAUCACGAUAUCAAGAAAGCCCACGGCUCACCCACAAACCGACCAUGGCCCUGGUUCCGCCGCAGACGCAGCGGCCGAACGUGACGCUGUACACGUCGAUGGGCGAAAUUUCGAUUGAGCUCUACUGGGACCACGCCCCAAAAACGUGCAGGAAUUUUUACGAGCUCGCCAAGAAGGGCUACUACUCCGGGACGGUGUUUCACCGCAUCAUUCGAGACUUCAUGGUCCAGGGCGGCGACCCGACGGGGACCGGGCGCGGCGGGGAAAGCAUUUACGGAGGAAAAUUCGCGGACGAAAUAAAUCAGCAGCUGAAGCACACUGGUAGGUUGUUUAUGGAGAGUUUUGUUCGCGUUGGAGUUGUAGGAAUUCUUGAAACAAGUCGUGUUUGAUGUCAUGCUAGCCGGGUUGUAAAAAUAAAUCGCAAAUUCUCAUCUUGUUUAGCAGAAGGUCCUCUCAUACGUUUUUCCAAUCCGACAAUCAUUCAAUUACCAGGCGCGGGCAUCCUUUCCAUGGCCAACGCGGGUCCGGACACGAACGGCAGUCAGUUCUUCAUCACCCUUGCCCCCACCCAACACCUCGACGGCAAGCACGCCAUUUUCGGGAGGAUAGAAAAAGGCAUGAAAGUAGUGCAGCGCAUGGGCAUGGUUCCAACCGACGGACGGGAUCGACCGAUCGACGAAGUGAGAAUACUGCGGUGUCACUGCACAUAAGCUCGUUUGAGUGCGGUGUUACUACUCGCGAAGACGCGACGUUGUCGUCGCACACGACCUUGCCAAGCAACGUCUAAAGAUGCGGUGAACAAGUACUUAGUACUUGUGCUUCGUAGCCACGCAGAUAGGACUGGAAGUCCGGUUGGACAUUUGAAAUGACGCAAACGACAUUUAGCGAUAUAAUUCGUGACAAGCGCUUAGCUU